UCAGGAGUACCAGUACUUACAAAGACAACUAUACAAAGUAGCCAGUAAGAAGUGCUAAUUUUAAAGAAAUACGUCAGAUGGAUUUAGAGGCUUUGCAUAUGUAUGGAUGUAUGGAUGUACACACACCGUCCGAAUGCAUGUUUGCCCCCGUAAGCAAGCUAAGGCGCACCAGGCGCAUCUGUCUGUAUCCUUCAUUAAUAAUAAAAGCCAUCACUUAGCACUGUAUUAUAUAAAAUAUUCUAAAGAGCUGAUAGUGUUCAGAUUUCCUUUUAUUUUCUUUUUGUUUUGUUUUGUUUGUUUGUUUUAAUGGAUUAUUGUUAUUUUUUUAUUUUAGGCAUUUGUUUUUGCAAUACAGAUUUCACAAAAAUAGUGAAUCCUGCGUUAAAUCUUCUUUUACAGUAUACUAUAGCAAAAAUGUAUAGUUUAAAAUGAAUAGACAAGAAAAUUAACUUGGAUAUCUGCAAAAGCUGUUUAUUUUAUAUGCUUUCUAUGGAAUGUCUAUUUCUGACUCUGCAGCAGGAUUGUCACAUGGGCGUGGCUAAACAUUUUACUUUGCAUAUCACGUGAUGGUGCAUUAACAAAUCAACAAUUACCUUGCUCGUAUUCUUUAGGGGUAACUAAAAACGGUUUUAAGAAGUGUUCGGUCAAGCUCGUCAGAAAUGUGCGAGCACAAUCUUCUUAGUUCUGGGUAUGUUGCUCCCCUUUUGAAUUUUCACUCUCCUGACUCCUUGUACCUCCAAAACUUGCGAGGUAAUGGAGUGCAUCUAUCUGGGCUUCCACAGAUGUCCUACAGUAGAAGAGAGGUGUGCUCGCUCCCGUGGAGUUCUCCAAAUUCGUGCACUACUCCGGCCCAGGGCCGCGCCUACAGUGGCUACUCUCAGCCGUUUUUUAGCAAUUCAGCCGCUGUGAGCGCUAGCCUCAACACUCACAAAAAGGGCUCACUGGAGGAAUCCGGGAGGUACUACUUCCAAGAUGUCAGCCACAAAUCAGAGGAGCCUGGACGACCUAAUGCAGCUUACGCAAGUGAGCAGAGAAUCACUGGCUCUGCCAGCAACGAAGUUUCAAACUUGGAAAGGCGACAGCAGAACAGAGUUGCACAGAAUGAACUGAACUUCAUUGACCAGCCAGUGACUAAUGGUUCAAAGCAGCCUGUCAGCUCCAACGCUCCGUUUCAACCAUCAAUGAACACCCAGACUAUUAGAUCAGCCUUCUCCGAUGGACUGCCGUGGUGUCCCUCACAGGUGGUGACAUCAUUCAUACAAGAGACUUUUCUUAUGGAGAUCCAAGUCCACCAGACCCCUCUAUCUGGAAACAAUUAUCUCCCGACCACCUAUGAAAUGUAAUUUAAUAUUGAAGCUGAAUAUUUUAAAAUUGAUAUUUAUUUGCCAAAAAGUCGGAGCAUUUGUAUGUGUUUGUUAUAUGUAUUAUUAUUUUAUUUUAUUUUAUUUUUAUUUUAUUAUUAUUAUUAUUAUUUUUUUUUAUCGAAAACGGUAAUUCCAAGGGUGUAAUGUUAGCUUGCUGUAUAGCCUAAAAAGAAUGCUUUGUAGUUUAGAGCUGUAGCAAAUUUAGAGUAGACGUGUAUAUUGGAUUCAUAACAAAUUCUAGCAUCAUGUAAAAGUACACUGGGCAGCUAACAUAGCUAUAUGGCGUAAUGUCGUGCCAACCUUUCCAAUAAUUUUGAUAAAACCUCGUUUGUAUCGUCCGAUCUAAAAUUCUAAGUUUUGUUUCUUUUGUGUUUUAACCAAAAGUGUUGUGUGUAAUAUUUAUUGAUUGCUCUGUAAA